CUUAACAUACGCAGACGAAAUAUGUUUAGUAGUAGGAUGCUUAGCACACGACUUAGGUCAUCCGGGUCUAACAAAUCAAUAUCUAAUAAAUGCGUCGUCGCCUCUCGCGAUAACAUAUAACGAUAUAUCUGUGCUAGAGAACUAUCAUGCAGCCUGCUGCUUCAGAACAGCAGCAGAGCCUGCAGCAAAUAUAUUUUAUAAACUAAAAAAAGGUGUCUUUCAGUAUAUUAGACAGCAUAUUAUCGAGUUAAUUCUCGCAACAGAUAUGAAGCAGCACUUUGAUUUUAUCUCCCAUCUUAGAGUGCGUCGGCACACAGCGAAUUUCAACAUAAUUGAGACAAACGAAGACAGAUGGAUGGUCUUCAAAGCAUGCAUCAAAGCAGCAGAUUUAGCGCAUGCAGCUACGAGCUGGGAGCAGCAUAAACAGUGGUCGGAAAGAUUAGCAGAAGAAUUCUAUCUACAGGGAGAUGAGGAGAAGCGUUUGGGUUUGCCUGUCUCAAAUCUUUGUGAUCGUCUUCGUAAGCACGAGUUCAGUCGCUCUCAGUCCGGGUUUUUAAAAGUAUUAGUAGAGCCUCUCUUUACAGAGGUUUGCGCAGUUGUUGUAAAUACUGAAGCAAAAAAUCGCGAGGAAAUAUGA